CACAAUGUAACCGCCAUGGUGGGCGCCGGCGUCCUCAGCCUCCCCUACGCAAUGUCACAUAUGGGCUGGGGACCAGGGAUAGUUGUAUUGAUCUUAUCAUGGGUAAUUACACUAUACACAUUAUGGCAAAUGGUGCAGAUGCAUGAAAUGGUUCCUGGAAAACGGUUCGAUCGAUAUCAUGAACUGGGUCAAUACGCAUUUGGGGAGAAACUAGGUCUAUAUAUUGUGGUCCCUCAACAAUUAAUGGUUGAAGUAAGUUUGUGUAUAGUUUAUAUGGUAACUGGAGGAAGAUCAUUGAUGAAGGUCCAUGAGAUAUUGUGUGAUGACUGUCAACCGAUUAGACUCACUUAUUGGAUAAUGAUAUUUGCUUCUGUUCAAUUCUUUUUAGCACAUUUACCCAAUUUUAAUUCAAUCUCCUCAGUAUCUUUACUGGCCGCCGUCAUGUCACUCACGUACUCCACGAUAGCAUGGGCUGUAUCAUUGAGGAUGGGGAUUCAAAACGCUGUUGGUCCGGUUGAAUACUGCCUUAAGUCGAAGACAACAACCGACAAUGUGUUCAAUUUCUUUAACGCGCUUGGUGAUGUUGCGUUUUCUUACGCUGCACACAAUGUUGUUCUAGAGAUCCAAGCCACUAUCCCUUCCACGCCUGAAAAACCUUCCAAAGGUCCCAUGUGGAAGGGAGUUGUGGUGGCUUACAUUAUUGUGGCCCUUUGUUACUUCCCUGUUGCCAUUAUCGGGUACUAUGUUUUUGGUAACAAUGUCGAAGACAAUAUCCUUCUCUCCCUCGAGAAACCUUCUUGGAUCAUAGCUUCGGCCAACAUUUUUGUCAUUAUCCACGUGAUGGGCGCAUAUCAGGUAUUCGCAAUGCCGGUAUUCGACAUGAUAGAGACAUUCAUGGUGAAGAAAAUAAAGUUGAAACCUUCUGGUUUCCUUCGGUAUUCUGUCCGCACAACCUACGUUGCAAUAACAAUGAUGAUUGCUAUAGUUCUACCUUUCUUUGGUGGACUGCUUGGAUUCUUUGGCGGAUUUGCUUUGGCCCCAACCUCAUACUAUCUUCCAUGCAUAAUCUGGUUAAUAGUCAAGAAACCCAAAAGAUUUGGACUUUCCUGGUGGACUAACUGGGUUUGCAUUGUCAUUGGGGUGCUCUUAAACAUAGUGGCUCCUAUUGGUGGCUUGAGGAACAUCAUCCUUUCAGCCAAGAACUACAGGCUAUUUUCAUGAUCUUAAUUUGUUUUAA